GCCUUCCUAAGAAAUUGACACGCAACAACCUAUUCCGACGAGCAGAUAUUAAAAGAUCAUUUUCUCUUUCGACGCUCCGGAGCACAGGCAACUGCACUAUCGCUUUGCAGCAUGAAUUCCUGAGCAGUUUUAGUCUUGUCGCAAAAGCGCCGAAUGCGAUCAAAGCCAAGAUGUGAUACAUCUACUCCUUCGCCCUGACAUCAAGACCCCAUCACUGCCCAUGCAACCUUCAAGACCCCCGCCGAGGGCUCCAGGGAGCUUCUCGCCCCUGCCCGCCAGCAACUCGGCAAGCGCGGCCGAUCUCUCGCGCGCGACCCAGACUCGGCAGGGCUCGGUAUCGGGUGAUGAGCCGCCGCCGCUGAAUGUCCCCAAGACGCGCAAUCCCCAGGGCCCGUCCCCGAUUCCGAGCUCUACCAACCUCGGCUCCGGAAGCAACAACAGCACUACCAAUCCCCAAACCGUGUCGCGUCCGACCGUGUCGACCGCCGUCUCCGCCGCCCGCUCCGUCACGGGGCCGCAAUCCCCUAGCGACACGCUUCCGCGCAACGGACCGUCUCCGCUUACUCUGCCGCCGGCAGGUACCUCGUCCCCCGUCACACCCACCUCCUCUAGCAGGGGUUUCAGCCACUCGCGCAAGCAUUCGCAGAACGCCGGCCUGUUCGAACCAACCCUGCCAUCGACAAGCAUUUCCAACCUCUCGCACGUCGGUCUUGGAAAUCAAUCCCCGAAACGCGCCCCGGCGCCGCAUCGAGACAUGUCGGCUAGUCAGAUCGCUGCCCAGGCGGCCGUGAUGCAGCACCAGAACCAGCAACAGCAGGCGCAACAGCAGGUGCAGCAGGGGGUUCACGCUCGUCAACGAUCACAAACGGCGGCGCCGGACGAGGCCGAUGACGCACCGCCAAACAAGCGUGCGAGCGCCGGGUCGGUGACCCUGAACCCGCCGAUACUGAGCCUGACCGAGGCAAGCGUGCCUCGGGAUAAUGCGUUCGGCGGUCAGACUUAUCACAACGGCCUUGCGGGCAACCACACUCUUGCGGCUGCAACCGCCGCCAAUCUCGUCUUUCCCAGAUCCACCCAGGCGUCCCCCGGGCUACCCACGCAGUCGAUAACUCCUCCCCCUCCACCGCCGCCUCCCGCGUCCGAGAAGCCUCAGAAACCAGAAAAGUCCAAGGUCAAACUCUUUUCGCGGCCGGUCAAGAUCGGCAGCAGCCGAAGCGACAACAAGGAGAAGCCGCUUCCCAGCCCCGGAAAGGUCGGGCACGCGUUGGCGAACCUGCAGCGGGGGAACUUCAGCACCACCAGCCUGGAUUCCACAUCCCAGUCAUUCUACAACUUUUCCAACUCGUCAGCUGCGACAAUACGGCCCGCCGACAUGGCGCCGGAGAAGGAGGGCAAGGAGAAAGAGAAGAAGCAUCACUUCUUGUCGCGGCAGAAGCACAAGCUCAAGGAUGACCAUCACCUGCCCCUCUCGUCUGCCAUGAGCAACUCACGGCCGACGGACCCCAAUGCCCCAAGCAGUCUUUACAGCUUCAGCUUGCCUCAGAGCCCGGUGCCGAACAGCACAAGCUUCAAGUCCGCCCUCGAUCUGCGCCACGGAGGGCGCGCUUUUCGGGAGAAGAGGAAGGAGGACAAGUCGUCCGGGUUCGACGAUGUCUCGACUUCCGGCGUCGCAAGCGAGUGGCCCGGCUCUAGCAGCGUCACUUCAGGCUCGGCCGCUCAGGCUUCGGCGCUCUAUCUCAACGAGCCGUUUGACAGCCACAAGUACGGGCUCAACAACAUGACCCACGAUGAUGCAUGGCCCUUUCUGAAGGCCAAGCUGCUCGUCGUCUUCGAGGCUGAGGACCUCCGUUUGCCGGUCGAGGACCUGAACCGCGUAGUCACGAUGCAUAUCCAGUAUUGCAUAGCCCGACGCAGCCCCAAUAUCAUCGUGGACGACUUGAGGGAUCUGUUGGUAACUGGUUUCUCCAGUCUCGAUCAGACCCUCCGCAAGACUCCCGAGGAAAGACUGAUCCCAGCCCUUGUCGAGCUGUGGAUCUUCACUUUCACCAGCAUCCUGCCCUACAUGCAGGCUGUGUUCUUGCCGUUGGAUCUCGAGUUCUCGGGUCACGGUACCCUCAUGUCACCCGAGCAGGCCCGUGAUUUCUGGGGUGGCGUUCCAGUAACCACCUCGUCAGCCGAUGCCUCCUCCGGUUCUCAAAAGCCCGGCCGCAGUCAGAGCGUCACUGUUGCCCCGGCAUCUUCGGUCCUCGAAGUUCGCCGGUUCGUUCUACUUGCAUUUCGCGACGUCGUCAUCCUUCCGCGUUACGAGACCCUUAAAGCCAUGUUCUCCCGCCUCUCACUCGAGUUCCUACCCCAGUCUCUCGCUUCCAUGGCUCUCGCUUCGCCGCCCCUUCCAAUUCCCUCCCCGGGCCACCACAACCAGAGCAUCAACCAACAGCUCUCUGGAUCGGAACCGCACGCUUCGACCAGCCUUCCCACCACCCUCGGCCAAUACCGCCCCGGAACAGCCACCUCUCUCGACCCGUCCGUCGCGAGCUAUAAUAGCACCGGCAGCAAUCCCUUUGGCGACAGUUCCGGCAGCGGCAACCGCAGCCGCGCCAUCAGCAAUGUCUCCUUCGGCAGCGACAGCGCCGCUCACCCGCUGCGGCCCUUCACGCCGAGCAGCCUCCAGCACAACACGAUCAGCGCCGCCGCCAGUUCCACGCUUAACCUGGCUCUCACGACCACCAUGUCCAACACGACCACCACUAGCCACGGCGCCAGCAGCCUCCGCGACCAGAACGUUGAGGACUCCAAGCAGGUCACCGACAUGGUCGGCCGCAUGCUGCAGUGCAUGAGCGUUUUGGCAUCGGUCGGGGUGACGCCGCUCGUGGUAGCCGGCCAAAGCGGAGCCGGGGCCGCCGCGGUCGGCCGGGCUGACGACUCUGACGAGGCCAACAAGAAGAUUGAGGAGCUGAACAAGCUGCUUAAGCUUAACUGGCUGGGCAGGGGCCGCACCGGGAGAAACAGGAGGGGAAUGGUCGGCGGGAGGGCGACCAAGCGGGGCGGCUCGACGGGCGUGCAGCCGCCGCCACCCACCCUCGUCCCAUCCUCGUGGGCCGAGUCUGGGUCCGGUGCCGGGGCCGGGUAGUUCGGCAGGCGGAGGGGCGAAGAGCGGGGGACAAGAAAGAGCAGCGUGAAGGAAGGUGCAUGUGUUAUGAUACCCGGGAGAUCUGGGGUGCUAUUGCUAGGUUCAAAGUUUCGUUUGCCUGUUAUUU